AUGCUCAUAUAUGUGGAUGAUCUUUUGAUAACUAGAAAUGACAGUGGAUUGAUUGAAGAACUCAAAGGAAUUCUGAAUAAAAACUUCAAGAUGAAAGAUCUUGCAACCAAGGAAAUUACACUCGGAUGCAACUUUGAGGGUGAUCAGGUAUAUCAAAAGCAGUCCAGGUCAGGAGUGUUGCUGAGUGCAGAAAGUCAGUGCCAACUUCAGGCUUUUUGUGAUUCAGAUUGGGCAACUUGCCCGAUGACUAGGAGGUCAAUAAUAGGUUUCUGUGUGAAAUUGGGGGACUCUUUGCUAUCUUGGAAGUCCAAGAAACAAAAUACAAUUGCAAGGUCAUAUGCAGAGGCAGCAUACCGUAGUAUGGCAAUGACUGCUGCAGACAUAGUGUGGUUAACAGUGGGAGCCAAAUGGGGCAUGCAGCCAUGA